CUCUCUCUCUUUUUUUUUUUUUCUGUAUGACUUUCUUUGAACCAUAUGGCAACAUCUAUUACUUCAUUGAAAAAGUUUGAACAUCAAGUCGCUGGACAUGACAAUCUUCUUCAACUACCAACUGACGACCUUAUUGUGAUCAAACCUGCCAGUCAACAAGAACGCGAAUUUUAUGAACAUAGUCAACAAUAUGAUGAAUUUAUGGCAUGGAUUCCUGAAUGUUAUGGAAGUCUUCAUGCCUCCACUGACACUGAAAUACAACUUUUGGACAAGAAACUGGAUGCUGUCACUUUACAAUCAAAUACAACUAUUAAUACUUCUUCCAAUGAGAAUCAUCUUGAUGAACACUUAUGUUUAGAAAAUAUAUUGAAUGGAUUUACUAGACCUUGUAUAGUGGAUAUCAAACUGGGUUACAAGAUAUAUGAAGAUUCAGCAGACGAAGUGAAACGAAACAAGAUGAUCAAGAAUGCAAAAGGAACCACUAUUGAAUCAUUAGGAUUAAGGAUUUCUGGUAUGAAGACGUUUGAUUCAAUAGAACGAGUUUAUACAACUUAUCCCAAACAAUAUGGACGAGAACGAACUAAGGAUAACUUUUUAAAUGCAUUACUGACUUAUUUUUACCCUACACAUCGAUUGGAUGACGAUAUGGAAGACGGUAUACCACGACAUUGUACAAGAACAAAGGAUACAACAUUAGAAGGAACAAUUACGAGAAAAUCACUGACGAAAAAGAAGAUUGAAUGGAUUGUGGAACAUUUUAUAGAUACGGUGAUGGAAAUACAGGAAUUCAUUGAAGAACAUGCAGAACUACAAUUGAUUGGAUGUUCCUUGUUAUUAGUGUAUGAAGGCGAUGCCGCGGCAGCUCAUCGAGUAUGGAAACGGAUGUUAGAGGAAGAUCGGCGAGAGCAAUCUACAAUCAACGAUAUUAACGAUGAUGAAGAUAAUGUGGAACCGAAAUUAUGUGAUAUCCGACUGAUCGAUUUUCAUCGUUCAAGCUGGCGACCUGAACGAACGGAACAAGAUCCGACUUUUGUCAAGGCAUUAUCCAAUUUGGUCACUUUAUUGCAUCAAGUCAUUGAACAAUCCCCUCUAGUUUAGCUGAUGAUCACCCCUUUAUAAUCUUGUAGUUUGAUUCCAUAUUUUGACAAUAGACUUGAAUCAUUUAAUAAAAAAAAGUUUUGAUUCCCU